GUGAGAUAUGAACUAGACAAGAUUUUAAAGGAGGAUCCCUUCACAUGUCAAGCAUGUGCCCCAGACAUGCUUGCAAUUUCAGUGGAUGGAAACUGCAAGCAUUACCGUUUCAAGAAUGCAGCUAGAUCUGAGGAACAGGGCAUCUUUGAAGACGCCUUCAUAGCAAAGGAUGAAGAUGUGGGAAGAUUUGUGGACUACAUACACAGCACAUCCAGACAUGUCUCUGGACGAGGUGUUUGUGGAGGGGAGUGGUCAGCAGCCAGAGAGACCUGACAAAGAUCCAGCAGCAAGGUGGAUGAGGAGGGACUGGAGCUUGCAGUGUGUAGGCAUGGAGUGCUGCUCAGUGCUCUAAAUAUGUACAGGGGUGAAAUUUUUGCUUAUCCCUUGUACCUGCAACAAAAGCUGGCCAAUAGACAUAUCACUUUUUUUGUAUGGAUGUUACCUGCAAGUAUUGGCCAUAUCUUGAAAGAGUAAUAAAAAGCUGUCCAGAGCUCCAGCACCUUCUUAGCAUGAAGCCAUUUCUUUCAGUCUUUCAUGCUAAAGCCCACGAUUUCAAAUGUGAAAUGGAGUGGAGCAUAUCAAGAUGGGGCUGGUUUGACUCUAGGGGAGGAGGUGGAGCAGUGUAAUGCCUUUUUGUCAAGGAUUGCAGUUACCACAAAACACAUGUCCAAAGCAGGACGGAGGGACAUGCUAACUCUUAUGGUCAUGCACUGGAAUCAACAAAAGCUAGACCAGUUGGCCGCCUCUCUGACCCAUCGAUAUCAGAAGGCCACAAAAGCUCUUCUAACCCAGCUUCAGAACCUGGAGUCCUUAAAAGUCCAAUUAGCAGUGACUGACAGUCAACUGGAUGAAUGGGUCAGUGAUGUAAAGGAUUGGGCAGAAGACUCUGUCAGCCUUACAACAAAGAGAAGGGCAUUCGAUAUCAUCAUGGCAAUAAGAAGACUCGAGGAGGAAAAGAAGAUUCUUGUUAGAGAGAUGGACCAUCACUGGAAAUCUCUUUCAAAAUAUGAUGAUACCCUGAAAGAGCUGUCCGGCCUGUUUUCCAGUGAGAUAUUUAAAAGUUCGCAUUGUGGCCUAAGUGAGGAGGGUUUGAGAGGUCUACAGAGCAUCAUCCUCAGAAAACGACAUAAUGUGAAACAAAACAAGCUGCACGCAAGACAGUGUUACAUGCAAGUUUUGUCAGGAGCAGAGAACAUUAACCUUGAUCAUACUUCCGAUGAUGACUUUUACAGUGACUCUGAAUUUUCUGAUUAAAGUCGGUAAUAAAUAUCUGUAAUAUAUCAGUUUGUCCUCAAAGUUAUAUCAACUUCCUACCUAGCAGGUUUAAUGCUGGGGAACCAAAUUUUUUCAUGUCUGCCAUAGACCAGUCAUUGACAGAGCAUUGCCAAGACUUCAUCACAUCAAUGCAUAUAGUUUUUUACAAAGACAGCUGGCACAUUUUUAUUUAAUGUCAUUCAUCGAGCCUGUUACACUAUCUUUAAACAUGCAUUUUGGUAAUACAGAACAGUAGACUGGUAUGUAUCAGAGGGAGAUAAAUGUACUGUUUACAUUUUUGUCAUGUUAAGUUACUGUAAUAUAUUUUUGGCUCACAGAAUUUACAAGACAUAUUGAAAUGUGAUUGAUGGAACUUUGUAAGCAAAUUUCAAGUAUUCUUGUCACAGGUGAUAGUUUUCAUUCUUGAGUAUUUUGAUGUACAUGUUAAGUAUAUUUUCAUGGUAUGUAUCAUUAGUAUCAACAGUAUCAAUAAUGUUAGAGUGCAUUACUGGUACUUGUGCUUAUUUUUAAAAUAAUCAUGCUACAGUACAGUAGGCAGUUCAGCUGAUUCUGUCACAACAACCCUGAUCCACAAAUUAACUUUUGGAUAUAUAACUUUCUUUGUUUAGUUCCAGUUGUACAGCGAUGUGCUCAACCAUAUUUUUUCAAAUUUACUGUCUUAAUUGAUCCAGUGGUUACCAGGCCUACAGUGUGUUGGGGUGGACCAGCAUCACUGUCAUUUUAUCCCCACCGAAUUUCAUGAAAUUGUCUGUAUCACUGUAGUUUUUUUUUUUUUGAGAUUACCAAUGAACACAAUCAAAUAAAGCUGAAAAAUAACUGUCAGUUUGAUGUUUUCAUGCAGUUUCAAUGGAUCAUUUUGUCACCACAGUUAAAAUUUAGUGACAUUUAUGUUUCCAUGACAAAGACAUAAAACACAUUUCUGUUUAAUAUAGUUAUGACUAUAGACUUGAUAUGUAACAACUGAAAAUGACUGC